UCGCCAUAAUCCCGUUGAGGAUUUGUCGCAACAAAAUGAGACUUUGCCUCAAAAAGAUGCUCUUAACGAUUAGGACAACCUUUUCAAUUUGAGUGACAACAUUUGUUACGAUGAGCCUGUGUUGACAGAGGAAGAAGUUCUUGCUAAUGAGAAGGAGGCUACAGCAAAAGAAGAAGCCGCUAAAAAGGCUGCUCGGGUGAAGCGUCAAAUGAAGCCUAUGCAACUGGUCAAUGACUGGAAGGAGAACCUUGAAGGUGUUAAGGCUGCCUUUUUUGAGUCAAUGCAGGGAGGAUUCCCCAAAGCUGAAGCUGUUGAGGUUGAGGCACCUGCUGUUCUUUGUGAACACUACGAAGUGAAAUUUCGGGAAGUGAAAUUAUACUUCCUUCACCGCCAUGUCAAGAUGAAAUUCCAAGAGUGCGAUUGCAAGCCUCUUUGGAAAACUUUAAUGCUCUUGCAAUUCAUGCCUGCCAGCAUUAGACAACCAAAGUGUGCUGUACACUUUGGUUUUUUGCAAGCCAUUCACGACCGUAAGGUAAUCGGCCAGGAUUCAGUCACGUCUUGGGUCGAGUGGAUGAAUUUGCAGAAUUCAAGAAGAGCCGAUAGUGACUCUGGUGAGGAGUUGAUGUCACUUGGUCAAGAUGUGUUGAACAAGUGUUAUCUCAUCUACUGUAGAUUAUUGCUGUCUAUCGAGAGAACACUUGAGGAGGAGUUCGCACAGUCUUUGGAUGGGAUCACGUUGGCACCUUCCUGCGUUGUUUGUUUAGGUUCCGAGCGAACAAUGAUAACAAUGGAUGGAAACUUUUCCCAGAAGCGCCAUAAUUGUGCUCAUAACUCACCUGAGCCUUUUUUGGUGGAUCAAGUUGACGAGCUUUGGAGUAAAGCGAAGGAUGUGGAGAAGUUCCUGAAGGAUGAUCGCCCUGUCAGUGAUUGU